CGCCGAGUCCAAGCUACAACAUGCAGCGCGAUGACGCGACUGGUUCUGCCAGCGACGACGACACGCAUCUCGACAACCUGACGCUCGUCGAGCUCAUGACCAAGAGCAAAGAAAGCGAAGUGCUUUGGCGCCUGCGCACGCCCGGCGCCGUCACCAACGACGACCUCACGAGCCUCGACGAGGACGGCGACUCGGUGCUCUCGAUGGCCGCGCUCUCGGGCUCGUUGCCGGUCGUCCAAGCGCUGAUCGAAUCGACGCCGUACGAGACCAUUCCCAACUUUGCCUGGAUGACCAUGCAGCGUGCGGUCGCCUACAACCAGCUGCAUAUCGUCAAGUACCUCUGGGACAUCCUCCCCAACCCUCUGGACCUUGUGUCGCCAACGAACGGCGCCACGCUCUUGCACCACGCGGCAGACCACAGUGCCAUGAGCGUACUUCGCUGGCUCCUACCGCGCUACCCGUCUGUCGACGUCACCAACAAUGACGGCGAGACACCGUACUUGGUCGCCAUUUCCAACGCCGACGACGAGUGUGCAGCCGUGCUCGUGGCCGCCGGCGCCGAUAUCUUUGCGCGCGCCGCGGAUGGGGACACGGCGUUGCAUUAUGCGAUCCGUCAUGCGUCGGACGAGGACGAGGACGAGGACGACGUUAUCGAGACCCUCGACGGCGUCCUCGCCGAGGGCCACAGCAUCGACGCACGCAACGAGGCCGGCGAGUGCCCUGCCGACCUCACGGAAAACGCCCGCAUUCUUGCCCUUUUGGAGGCCGAAGCCGAAUUUCGCCAAGCGUUCCCUGUCCACGCCCUUGUUCGCACCAACAAGGUGGACCGCUUCGAGGCGUGGCUCACCGAGAUGCGCGACAAGCACGGCGACGACGCCGACGAAGCGAUUGCAACCGCGCUGACGGCUGCUGACGAGGCGGGGCGCACACCGCUCAUGCACGCGGCCCUCCGGUUUGACGCCCUGCGCGACACGGACCAAGUGCUGUACCGCCUUUUGCCGCACCUGCCGGCCGAUGCCGUGAGCGCCAAGGACAACGAAGGUCGGACAGCGCUGGACAUGCUGGCGCGCCACAGUCUCUUUUGCGCCGAGAACCCGACCGGCACGGUGCCGUCGCGCCUGAUGCGGGCGAUCCACGCUGUGAGCUGCAAGGGCAAACUGGCGCUUGCCUUUGACCAUCUGCCCGAUGCGUACCUGUCGUGGGCCGAGUACUUGACGGGCACCGCGCCGCACGAGUGUGCCGGCCAGUGCAAGAUGAGCAGUACCUCCAACAACGGCCUCUCGGGGCUUGCGGCGGCUCGGAACUGGACCGAGCUGCGCCAGGUGCUCCAAGAACCUCUGUCGGCCGACGUCGUCAACAAGAUCGAAGGGGGUAUGUCGGUGCUGCACCACGUGUGCGAACACGGCAACGUCGCGCUUCUGAAGCUACUCUUGACGCAACCCCACCUCGACCUCAACCUGCGCUCCGAGGAGACGGACCAAAGCGCGUUGGACUAUGCCGUCGACAACGACCAUGUCAAGAUCGUGCGCCUGUUGCUCGCGGCCGGGGCCGACCCGGUGGUUGACGACGACACGACCGCUGCGUCGCUUGCCGAGCUGCGGGCGACAGCGACACCGAGCGAACUCCUUGUCUACGACCGCUGGGAGCUGGCCCUCUUUGACAUUGGCUUCUUCCUCUUGAACCUCCCGAAUGUGGCCGCGGCGCGCCAGCUGGACGCGCGCAAGCAGACGGCGAUGCAUGCGGCGAUGCGCGGGUCGUUCUCCGAGGCGACGCUGGACGACAUUUGCGCGACCGACAUUGACCUUGACAAGCAAGACGAGGACGGAGAGACCGCGCUGAUGGUCGCGGCCAGUCUCGGCCGCAACGACUAUGUCAAGUUUCUCUUGUCGAAAUCUGUCAACGUCGACCUUCAAAACAAGGAAGGCAAGACCGCGCUCAUGCUGGCGGCCAAGGGCUGCCACAUCACGGUCGUGAAUCUUCUUCUGGAAGCUUCGGCCGAAGUGUAUCUCACCGACAAGAACGACGACACGGUGCUCAUGCAGCUCGAGCAAGAGCUGUGGCGCGCUGGCGUAGAAGCCGACGACGAAACGCGGCCGCAAGGGCAGCUGCUCUCGCUCAUCAAGAAGGAGCUCCAGAUCCGCGAGAACUCGCCCGAGUACCAAGAAAAGCAAGCGUUGAGCAUGGUCACCAUGUCGAUCGACGACGUCUUCCACCACGGCGGCUUUGCCAAGGCAAUUACCGUCAGCGCCAAGCUCGGACUCAAGUUUCUCAACGACUGCGUCACGCUGCAUCGGCACGAAGCCGCCUUCUCGCACAUGGAGGCGGUGUACGGCGCGACGGCCAAGACGAGUGCGCUCUACGCGGUCCUAAACGUGGACGCCAAGGAAGAGACGUUUGCGACGAAAAAGGCCAUGUUGGAACAUAUUGUGUUUCGCCGGCUUCUCGCCAUCAAGUGGGAGCUCUUCGGGAAGCGCAUGUACCUCCAGCAGUUGCUCAUGAACGUGCUCCUUCUCUUCACGAUGACGACGUCGUCGUUCAUUGCAAGCGACGAUGCGCCGUCGACGGCCGCGUGCGUCUUUGGUAUCUCGGCGUGGCUCUUCGUCCUCUCUGCGUUUCUCGUGGUUGAGAACCUCGAGCCGAGUGUCUUUUGGGGCUGGGCACGCUACCAGUACGACAAGCACCGCGCGCUGGACCCGGACGUGGUCAUUCCGGACCUCCGCACCAAGAAGGCAGCGGCAACGUUUCUGCUCUACGGUACCUCGGUCGCCAUCACUCUCUUGUGUGUCAUUCUUCUGGCCGUUUUCGCCCACCUCAUGCACAUCUCCACGUGGUUCCCGACCGUCAACACGGUUGUGCUCUGGCUCACCGCGCUCUACUUUGUCGUGACCGAACGCGGCGAGAUGCGGGACGACUUUCGCGCAUACAUUUCGUCGCACACGAACAAGGCGCAGCUGCUUGUCUACGUCCUCAUCCUCUUUGUCUUCGUGCCCCUCAAGCUCAAUUGGAUCAACGCGGCUGACGAGGUCGAGUUUGGUAUCUCGGGCUUCCUCACGCUCGCGCUCUGGGUCCUCUCGCUUCAGUUUUUGGAGGUCGUGCCGUCGGCGAGCUUCUUGAUGCCGAUGAUGGCGGACCUUUUCAAGGACAUUUGGAACUUCUUCAUCCUCUUUAGCGUCUUCCAAGUCGGCUUUACGCUCACGUUCUACCAGCUCUUCCGCGGUAUGGACGACAGCGUCCACAAGUUUGGCAGCCUCGGGCAGUCGUUCAUGACGACCUACUACGUCUCGUUUGGCGAGCUUGCGCUCGACUCGCUCGAUGCGUUUGGCGGAUCGGACGCGGAGCAUGCGUCGGCCAUGUAUGUGGCCACCGCACUUUUGAUGAUGCUGCAUGUGGCCAUCAUGGUCAUCAUCCUCCUCAACGUCUUGCUCGCGAUGAUGAACAAGACGGUCGACGGCGGUCUCGAGAAGGCCAAGACGCAGGCGCUGAUCAGUUAUGCGCAGUGCAUUUUGCGUCUCGAGACGUCGAUGAACCUCACGGCCGACGACACGCAUGCCCUCAUCUACCUCAAGACCAAGGCAUCGACGUCGACAAAGUUGAUCAAGCAAGGCGAGUGGCUCAAUCCGAUCUUUACCGAGUGUGUGCCCAAGGCGCUCCUUGAUCUUGGCGAAGAUCAAGCCGCCGAGCUCCAGACCGAGGCGGCCAACCGCGCGGCGUGGGCGACGCUGGUCGAUGAGUUGGAUGCGACGAUCGACAAGGAGCUCAACUACCUUCGCGACGCGCUGUUGCAUGUGGCACACUUUACGUCGCUGCCGGUGCGGACGGUCUUUGCCGACGACCUCAAGCACCUGGAGUCGGCCCGAAGCCAGCUCACGGCGAUUGUUGACGAUGCGCGCAAGACCCGGGGCGCGUACCGAGACAAGGUGCUGUCGGCGCUCCAGUCGCACCUCAAGAAGAAGCUCGGGCAGCUCAAGGACAAGCUACUGCGACUCUGGGCGCCCAAGUUUGACGCCAAGGACAUGAGCGCGCGUGCCGAAUGCAUGCUCCUCUUCCAGAUGGCGCAGCGCUCGACGAUCGACGCGCAGCUGCAAAAGGUUACGGAGGCCAUUUUGGACAAUGUGGCCGAAGCCAUUGCGCCGACGACCGAGGACGACCAAGACGACGAGAAGAAGCAGCUCCACGACGAGAUUGAGACGCUCAAAGCCAAGGUCGACGCCCAGUCCGAGACGAUGACGGCCAUGGCAGCCAAGCUCCACUUCGCGGUCUCGCUUCUGCUGCAGCUCAAGAACGCCAACGAGGCCGCCAACGAGGACGCCGACGAGGACGGCGAGGAAGAAGACGAGGAAGAGGAGUAAGUGUCAUGUACGCGAUCACUGUGAGACUUUGAUAUAACUAAUAACGGAGCCCAUGUAUGCCUGG